UGUCUCUCCACCACUACUCUACACACCAGACUAAUGCAAAAGCAUUUUUGCUGGAGUCUACCAUUUUAUUUUAGUUAAUAAAAUACAUAUAUUUCCUCUCUUUUUGUUCCGUUUGUGCGCGUACGAAACAGCUGCAAAGGCCUCGCGUCCGACGUGCAAUAUUUAACGAAGAAGUGGAAGGAAAGAGCGAAAAGAAAACGGAUCUGCGACGAAAUUUUCCCCGUUCCGUUUUUUUUUUCUCCACCAGCAGAAGCAGCAGCAGAGCAAAAGCAGCGCAGCCGAGAGCAGAGCAGCGAAUAUAUUUGUAAAAAGAGCCCCAACCUUGAGGAAAAACACCCAGCAGGGCAGUAAUUUGUUCGUUUUCUCGUCUGCGGUAUUUCAAUAGAGCCCACACAACUGCUUUUGAGGAGAAGCCCCUAGGUGGAGGAGCAGCUAGCCAGGAUGGACAAGAUGAGGAUAUUGAAGGAAAGUCGCCCCGAGAUAAUCGUCGGUGGCAAAUAUCGGGUGAUCAGAAAGAUAGGAAGCGGCUCCUUUGGCGACAUUUACCUGGGCAUGAGCAUCCAGAGCGGCGAGGAGGUGGCCAUCAAGAUGGAGAGCGCCCACGCCCGCCAUCCGCAGCUGCUGUACGAGGCCAAGCUGUACAGGAUCCUCAGCGGCGGGGUGGGAUUCCCCCGCAUCCGCCACCAUGGCAAGGAGAAGAACUUCAACACCCUGGUCAUGGACCUGCUGGGACCCUCGCUGGAGGACCUGUUCAACUUCUGCACGCGCCACUUCACCAUCAAAACGGUGCUGAUGCUGGUCGACCAGAUGAUCGGGCGCCUGGAGUACAUCCAUCUCAAGUGCUUCAUACAUCGCGACAUCAAGCCGGACAACUUCCUCAUGGGCAUCGGACGGCACUGCAACAAGCUCUUCCUGAUCGACUUCGGGCUGGCCAAGAAGUUCCGCGAUCCGCACACGCGCCAUCACAUUUUGUACCGCGAGGACAAGAACCUCACCGGCACGGCCCGCUACGCGUCGAUCAACGCCCAUUUGGGCAUCGAGCAGUCCCGUCGCGACGACAUGGAGUCCCUCGGCUACGUGAUGAUGUACUUCAAUCGCGGCGUCCUGCCCUGGCAGGGCAUGAAGGCCAACACCAAGCAGCAGAAGUACGAGAAGAUCUCCGAGAAGAAGAUGUCCACGCCCAUCGAGGUCCUCUGCAAGGGCUCGCCGGCCGAGUUCUCCAUGUAUCUGAACUAUUGUCGUAGUCUGCGCUUCGAGGAGCAGCCGGACUACAUGUACCUACGUCAAUUGUUCCGCAUACUGUUCAGGACGCUGAACCAUCAGUAUGACUACAUCUACGACUGGACAAUGCUGAAGCAGAAGACCCACCAGGGUCAGCCCAAUCCAGCUAUACUCUUGGAGCAAUUGGACAAGGACAAGGAGAAGCAGAACGGCAAGCCCCUGAUCGCGGACUAAAGGCUGGGGAUCAGCUUGGCGGCGAGGUUGCAGACGAAGACGAAGAGGAGGAGGGCGGAGGAGGAUGCGGAUGUGGGCGGAAGGCCUGAGCCUGGCAAGGAGCAAGGAGAAAGGAGCAAAGAGGAGGAAACAGCCUCUGCAAAAGCCGGAGGAUUGAACAACGUUGGCAGCGGGCGUUAGGAUGUUUCUUAAUAUUAAUUUAAAUUCAAUACUAAACAAAUAAGGAACAAGAAACAGCAAACAACAAACAGCAAGGCAGAAGCAAACAACACAUAAUAAUAAUAUACAAAAAUGAUACCCCAGCAAAUGUGAUUCACAAGUGAAUCACUGCGAUCGAUAGCAACACACACAAAUUGUUACAAAUCAAUUCGAUUCAAAUCAAUUCGCAACCCAAACUCACACUCACAAUCACACUCACCCACAAACACAAAACACCCACUCUCAUAAACCCACUCAAAACAAGCAAACAUCAUUGCCCAAAAUGAAAAAAAACAAAAAAUUAAAAGAAAAACAAAAAACAAAAAGAAAUCAACACUUAGCCUAAUAAAUUACAAGAAAUAAUAAUAAUGGUAAUGUUGAAGGAGCAAGGAGAAGUAAUGCUGAGGAAAACUAAACCUAUAUAUAUGUAUAUGUAUAUAUAUAAGCGAAUAAACACAAUAUAUGUAUGCAUAUAUCCCAUUUGAUUCACGUCAAAUCGAAUCCAAUGCUUAAUUAUGAAUCGAGCGAAGCAAAACUCAAUAACUAAUUAAAGUGGAAUAAAUAAGAAACAAAAACGAGAAUAAACAAUAAAAAAAUUCAUAAAAUACA